AUGUCCGCCCACCCUCGAUACUACUACUCGCUGCCCACAGAGGCUCCCCAGCGCUCCCGAUCAGGCAGCCGACGACCGCCUCUGACCCCGUCCACCGUCUCGUCGCCCUGCCUGACCACGCUGGUGCCCACGGCCUCUCGCCGCGACUCUGCCACCUCGGGCAGCCCCAUCAAGGCCUCGAUCCUCCUGGCAAAGGUCGCCUCGUCGCCCACCACCCCACGCGGCGAGACGCCUCCCGGAAGCCCAAUGCUCUCCCCACGCACCAGGCUCAACUCGGAACCCUCGUACCCCUCGGAUAGGCCUGCCAUGUCCAGGACCGAGAGUGAUCGCUACGUCGGCCAGUACAGACAGCAGGACGGCUACAUCAGCUUCCCCGACUUUGAAAAGUUCUGCCAGUCGGAAAGCCCCUAUGGUCAGCAAGAGCAGCAGUCUGACGUCAAGGCGUGA